AGACUGUUAAAGUGCAAAUCUCAGUGUGAUAUAAGAGAAUAAAUAUGGACUUUAAAAACGAUGUUAACGCUGGUGGUUUAUUAAACCAAGGAGACACUUGUUACCUGAACAAUGUGAAGCAGGAGCUGUUCCAAGGCUUCAGAGAAGCUGUGGAGAGACACAACACCUGCAUGGAUCGACACCUUAAAGACCUGUUUGAUGAGCUGCAGCGUCGCACACCCAGCACCAACACAAUCCUAAACAAGCUGGGCAUCGACAGAGUGUGGGAACAACAAGACGCUGCUGAGUUCUACGUAAAGAUCUUAAGUCAAACCAGUGAAGCUGCUUCACAGAUCUUCCACGGAGCGUUGACACAUACGACCAUAUGUCAUAAUCCUCAGUGUGGAGCACAGAAACCUGCAGACUCACGUUUCUGGCAUCUUCCUCUCUCAUUGAAUGAUUCCCACAGUGAAGAAUAUCAAGUGGUGGACGGCAUCAGGGAGUUUUUCAGAGAUUCUCAUUUCAGUGGACUGGACCAGAUGUACUGUGAGGAGUGUGAUGACAAAGUGGACGCGACUGUUACAUGUGAAGUGAAGCAUCAUCCAGAGGUUUUAGUUCUGCUGCUGAAGAGGUUUGACUUUGACUAUCGUUACAUGAGAUACGUCAAAAACAACCGCGCUGUGAUUGUUCCUGUCACUCUGAACCUCCCAGAGAACCAGACCUAUGAGCUCUAUGCUGUGGUGGAUCACGCUGGUGAUCUCAGAGAUGGACAUUAUGCUGCAACCAUCAAGUCUCAGGACGACGAUCGAUGGUACAACUUCAAUGACGGCAUCGUCUCAUUGCUCAGUUACCAGCCGUUCCAGGUGGAUCACACUGAGAGGUCCCACAGCGCGUAUCUUCUAUUCUACAGGAAACAGACAAGUGUGACACCAGGUGGACGACAGACCUCAGCUCCUAUAUAUCAUGGUUUAUUGAACCAAGGAGCCACAUGUUACCUGAACAGUUUGCUGCAGGUGCUGUUCAUGACCAGAGAGUUCAGAGGAGCUGUGGACAGGUACAUCAUGACUCUUAGAGUCUUGCUUAGAGACUUACACAGACACACAGUCGACGCCUGUGACAUCAUAACCAAGCUGCUCACCACAGUGUUUGAGGAACAGGAAGCUGCUGAGGACGUCCAGAGUAUCUCAUUUCCCAGCAUGCAUCAGGCUUCACAGUCCCAGACCAGAUGUUGUAAAUGUGAGACAGGGAGAAGCAGAGAAUCACCACUUUGGCAUCUUCCUCUCACACUGAUGGAUUCAAACAGUGAAGAAUAUAGUUUGGAGGACGGACUGAAGCAGUCUCUCACUGACCAGGUGUCCUGUGAACGGUGCUGUUCCACAAUUGAUGUCAUCACUAAAUGUGAGGUGAAGCAUCAUCCAGAGGUUUUAGUUCUGCUGCUGAAGAGGUUUGACUUUAACACUAGUAACAUAACGUUUGUCAAAAACAACCGAGCAGUGAAGAUUACUCGCACUUUAUAGGUGUCAGAGAACCAGACGUAUGAGCUUUAUGCUGUCGUGGACCAUGUUGGUGAACUCAAAGAUGGACAUCAUGCAGUGAUUAAGUCUCUUAAUGAUGGUCGAUGGUACAACUACCAUAAUAACACACACAUAUCGCCGUUCCAGCACAGUGACACUGAGACUUCCCAGACAGUUCAUCUUCUUUUCUACAGGAAACAAAGAACUGAUACUUUCAGUCAGGACAUCAGGGAGGUGAUCACCUGUGAAGGUGUUCUUCCUGUUACAAGUGACACCAACCAGAGUCCAUGUACUGAGACUAUCAGACAGAGGGAGAAUGUUGAAGAUGAUGUAGAAGAAGGUGAAGACGCUGCAGAAACUGGUUCUACUGGUGAAAAUGAAGAAACACAAAUCACAGUCUGUGUUGAGCCAAAACAUAACUUAUAAUAAUACAGUACUUUACUUCUCUGCUACUUUUCUUUUCAUAAAAGUCAUGUUCUGUCUGCGUUUUAUAAUACUACUAAUUCUAAUACUGACUCCAGGUGUGUUCUCUGGUGGACCAGGAUCACAUGAUGCUUACAGUCAGCCUAGAUUUGAACUACAUUGUACACAAGACUAUCAUGGACACUGGAGUUUGUCCAUGACAGUGACAGAGGAGCUUUUCUCUGUGAUAACAUUUCCUUAUUCAACUACUAAGCUUUGUUGUCUGUUAUCUGGGGUAACAAUGGGAAAGUACCUGAGAUGCAGCUGCUGGAACGAGACCAGCCCAGUGUGGGAGUAACAAGAAGGUCUGUUUACUGUAAAUGACUGUGAUUAUAAUAAACCAAUACAAUAAUAAAAUACAAAAGAAAAUCUUUA